CAUGGGUCGGUUGUUACUUGUGGUUGGUUGUUACUUGUCAGGAUGUGCUUCGGUCGUCACGCCAGACGUCAUCGUUAAGUCUCCCGGCGAUGUCGUCUAUGGCGAGUGACGACCGCGCACACGCACACCACCCCAUCGCCGAUCGCCUCUACUGCUCCAUCUCUCUCUUACUCUAUCUAUAUAUACGGAAGCUCGGCCUCUCUCUGUAUCGUGAAGCGCUGAGGAAGUCGAGCUUCUUAUAAAUGGCGCAGCACUUUCUUGUGUUGACCUACCCCGCGCAGGGGCACGUGAAUCCGGCCCUCCACCUCAGCCGUCGCCUGGCGCGAACCACCUCCGCCAGAGUCACCUUCUCCACCUCUAUCUACGGCCACCGCCUCAUGUUCCCAGCAUCCGCCGCCGACGAGAUAGUCGAAGACGGACUCAUCUCCUACCUCCCCUUCUCCGACGGCUACGAUGACGGUUUCGACUCCAACAUCCACUGCCCCUCCGAGGCCUGCGACCGUUUUCGGUCUGCCAGCUCUGCCUCGCUCGCCGCCCUCCUCCGCCGCCUAGACGAGCUCGGCCGCCCCGUUACCUGCAUCAUAUACAACAUGUUCUUUGGGUGGGCCGACGACGUCGCGCGCGGCCACGGCGUCCGCUCCGCCGUCUACUGGAUCCAGUCCGCCGCCGCCUUCGCCAUCUACUACCACUACUUCCACGGCUAUGAGGACCUCAUCAAAACGCAUAGCCAUGACCCGCUCUUCGAGGUCAACUUACCGAGCCUUCCCCCUCUAAAGAUCCGGGACUUGCCUUCGUUCUUCGGCAUCACCAGCGACGAGGACCCCUAUUCGGUGGUGCUCAAACUGUUCGAGCAAUUGUUCCAGGUGCUCGACAGGGAAGAAGCUGAUUCGGCGGCGACAGUGCUGGUGAACACGUUCGGCGAGCUGGAAACGGAGACGCUGGCGGUAUCGGCAGGGAAGGUGAAGCUGAUACCGGUCGGGCCGAUGGUACCGCCGUCGCUUCUGGAGGCCGCAAAGGAUGAGCCAGAGUUCGAUGCGCUAGGCGAUCUGUUCAGGCCGGAUGAAAAGAAGUACAUGGAGUGGCUGGACGCGAAGCCGGAGCGGUCGGUGGUGUACGUGUCGUUCGGGAGCUUGGCGGCCUUCAAGAAGCGGCAGACGGAGGAGUUCGUGCGGUGGUUGCGUGAGAGCGAACGGGCGAGCCUAUGGGUGGUGAGGAAGGAUCACGAGCAGGCGCAGGGGGAGUUGGAGGCGGCCCUGAGGGAAGCAGGGGCGGAGGGGAUGGUGGUGGAGUGGUGUGCGCAGGGGAGAGUGCUGUCGCAUCCGGCGGUGGGGUGCUUCGUGACGCACUGCGGGUGGAACUCGACGCUGGAGAGCCUCGUGUGCGGCGUGCCCACGGUGGGGGUGCCGCAGUGGACGGACCAGGGAACAAACGCGCGAUUGAUGGAGAUCUGGGGCGCCGGCGUCAGGGCUGAGUCAGACGCGGAGGGCGUGGUCACGGCGGAGGAGCUGAGGAGGUGCGUGGAGAUCGCGAUGGGAGGCGGCGGGGCGGCGGGGAUGAGGAGGAGCGCGGAGAUGUGGAAGCAUAAGGCGCGGGAGGCCGUAGCGGAAGGUGGGUCGUCCGAUCGCAAUCUAAGGGCCUUCGUUGCGGCGGCCUCCCAAUAAUUGGAGUUGGGUAGAGAGCUUGUGACAUCUUUCCUAUCCAAUGAGAAGCAGAGUGACAAACAAAGCAACCAUCACAUCCUGUCCUGCCCCACUCUCUCUUCUGUCUCGGCUGCAUCACAAUUUGUUUUAGAACAGGAAAUAGAGUUUUUAGCCAUUAAAAAAUCGAGUUUCAAGCGGGAGAGGAGCGGUAGAACCUGUGCUUGCGUCAGCCGAUAUAAGGAACAAGCAAUUCCUAUUAAUUAAGGAAUGAAAUGCUCAUUUUCCGUA